CCCAUCAUUCCUUUCUCAUCCCCCGUCAGUUCUGGGCCCCGCUGAUUGGUUGCGGUGUUAAGACGCAAGCGCAGACCGUGAAGAGUGAUGCUGCACUUUACCCUCCUGUGUGUCUAGUCCCUCCCAGCCGCCGGCGCUCCUCCUCCUCCUUUUCCUCGGUCAGUCACACAGUGAGAGAGAGAACGGGCGCGCGGGGCAGACAGCGGAGCAGCGAGAGGAAAGAGAGGGACAGACCGGCGUUCAGGGAAGGGACCGCGGAGCGUGAGGAGACACAGGGACCGAGCUCUCAAUUUCAAUUCCUCGUUACCGGCAGCGGAGCGGCACAGGCCGGACACUGACAAUGGCUUCCGGAUCAGAUUCCAAAUCCGAUGAUUUGUCCACUGCAAUCUUGAAGCAAAAGAGCCGGCCCAAUCGGCUGAUUGUGGAUGAAUCCAUCAAUGAGGACAACAGUGUUGUGUCUCUGUCUCAGGCCAAGAUGGAUGAGCUGCAGCUCUUUAGAGGAGACACAGUCCUGCUGAAGGGGAAGAAGAGGAGAGAAGCUGUUUGCAUCGUUCUCUCAGAUGACUCCUGCUCUGAUGAAAAGAUCCGCAUGAACAGAGUUGUCCGUAACAACCUGAGGGUGCGGCUCGGAGAUGUUAUCAGCAUUCAGCCGUGCCCAGAUGUGAAGUAUGGCAAACGAGUCCAUGUUCUGCCCAUAGACGACACAGUGGAGGGCAUCACUGGGAAUCUGUUUGAGGUGUAUCUCAAGCCUUACUUCCUGGAAGCCUACAGACCAAUCAGGAAAGGUGACAUUUUCCAGGUACGCGGAGGCAUGAGAGCCGUGGAGUUCAAAGUGGUGGAGACGGAUCCUUCCCCAUACUGCAUUGUGGCCCCCGAUACCGUCAUCCAUUGUGAAGGGGAGCCCAUUAAGCGUGAAGAUGAGGAGGAGUCCUUGAAUGAAGUGGGCUAUGAUGAUAUUGGAGGCUGCAGGAAACAACUGGCUCAGAUCAAAGAAAUGGUGGAACUGCCUCUCAGGCAUCCGGCACUCUUUAAGGCUAUUGGUGUCAAGCCUCCCAGGGGCAUUCUGCUGUACGGACCCCCAGGAACUGGCAAAACCCUCAUUGCUAGAGCUGUGGCCAAUGAAACUGGAGCUUUCUUCUUCCUGAUUAAUGGACCGGAAAUCAUGAGCAAGCUGGCGGGUGAGUCUGAGAGUAACCUGCGCAAAGCUUUUGAGGAGGCUGAGAAGAAUGCCCCUGCCAUCAUCUUUAUAGACGAGCUGGAUGCCAUUGCCCCCAAAAGAGAGAAGACACACGGAGAGGUGGAGCGCCGUAUUGUGUCUCAGCUACUAACACUGAUGGACGGGCUGAAACAACGGGCGCAUGUCAUUGUCAUGGCAGCCACCAACCGACCCAACAGCAUUGAUCCAGCGCUUAGGCGAUUUGGUCGUUUUGACCGGGAGGUUGAUAUCGGCAUCCCCGACUCCACUGGACGUCUGGAAAUCCUGCAGAUUCAUACUAAGAACAUGAAGCUUUCGGAUGAUGUGGAUCUGGAACAGGUUGCUAAUGAAACCCACGGACAUGUUGGUGCCGAUUUGGCUGCUCUGUGCUCAGAAGCUGCUCUCCAGGCCAUAAGGAAGAAGAUGGACCUCAUAGACCUGGAAGAUGAAACCAUAGAUGCUGAAGUGAUGAAUUCUUUGGCUGUCACUAUGGAUGACUUCAGGUGGGCGCUAAGUCAGAGUAACCCCUCAGCUCUACGGGAGACCGUGGUGGAGGUGCCGCAGGUCACUUGGGAGGAUAUUGGUGGUUUGGAAGACGUCAAGAGGGAGCUCCAGGAGCUGGUUCAGUAUCCUGUGGAGCAUCCAGACAAGUUCCUGAAGUUCGGAAUGACUCCAUCGAAGGGUGUACUUUUCUACGGUCCGCCUGGAUGUGGUAAGACUUUGCUGGCUAAGGCCAUUGCCAACGAAUGCCAGGCCAACUUCAUCUCCAUCAAAGGGCCGGAACUUCUCACUAUGUGGUUUGGAGAGUCUGAGGCCAAUGUUAGAGAGAUCUUUGAUAAGGCUCGGCAGGCUGCUCCCUGUGUCCUCUUCUUUGAUGAAUUGGACUCCAUCGCUAAGGCCCGAGGUGGGAACAUUGGAGAUGGUGGUGGAGCUGCCGACAGAGUUAUUAACCAGAUCCUUACUGAGAUGGAUGGAAUGUCUACAAAGAAGAAUGUCUUCAUCAUUGGAGCCACCAACAGACCAGACAUCAUCGACCCUGCCAUCCUGCGUCCUGGCCGUCUAGAUCAGCUCAUUUACAUCCCGCUGCCCGAUGAGAAGUCCCGCAUGGCCAUCCUGAAGGCCAACCUGAGGAAGUCUCCAGUUGCCAAGGACGUAGACGUCAACUUCCUGGCCAAGAUGACCAAUGGAUUCUCCGGUGCCGAUCUGACUGAGAUUUGCCAGCGAGCCUGUAAACUGGCCAUCAGGGAAUCUAUUGAGAAUGAGAUCCGAAGAGAGCGGGAAAGGCAGACUAACCCCUCCGCUAUGGAAGUGGAAGAAGACGACCCCGUACCAGAAAUCCGCAGAGAUCACUUCGAAGAGGCCAUGCGAUUCGCCCGCCGCUCAGUCAGCGACAACGACAUCCGAAAAUACGAGAUGUUCGCGCAAACUCUUCAGCAGAGCCGAGGAUUCGGCAGCUUCAGAUUUCCCGCUGGGGGUCAAGCUGGAGCCGGUCCAAGCCAAGGAGCCGGGGGAGGCAGCGACGGGAGCCAUUUUACUGAAGAAGAAGACGAUCUCUAUGGUUAAAGGGUGGUCCAACCCUCCCUCGUUGUACAGCCAAUCGAUUCCUACGUUAUUGGACACUUUGCUUUUCAUUCCCCAACUAGAUGCAGCCCCACUCCUGUUCUAUCAUUUUGUUACACGGGUGUGAGAAGAGGGGAGCCAAGUCUCUCAGGAUUCUUAAACUUUUCUCUUCGUUCCCUCCCUGUUUCUGAAGCGGCCGCUGAGCUUGCAGAGAAGCCUCCCGGGGGGAAUGAAAGUUCUUCCUCCACCGAGUGACUUGGGGCUCCUUUAACCCCCUGUGAGGAUCCUGCAGAUAUUUCUCUUGUUUUCACUCCUCCAGUUCAGCUGUUUGGCCUUCAACUGUUCAUCCAAAGUAAAUCUAUUGGGAAAUCAAUGCUGAGAUUAACCAUUUGGCUGCCAGUGUGCCUGCGAGCGUUUAGCUGGGCACUAUUGCAGUGAAAGGGUUAAUACGGGGGGCUGCAGGUUUCUCCAGUUGUGAAUGGGUCGCUCCCCCCUCCUGUGGGUAUGAGAAAAGCAUAAUAAAGAAAUAAAACAUUCA